AUGAUGUCCGUGCUUUUUCCGAAGAUCGGCGCGCUCGUCCUAGUCAUUGGCCAGGGAUUGUUUCAAGCGGGAAGCUCUUAUUUCAGGAUUCUAGCGAUCGCUUUCGACAAUGGUUUCUCAUACGAGUGGAUUAUUGGCGUCAAUUUGCUGCUGACAAUUCCCAUUUGGAUUCGUUCGAUUUUUCUUUUCCCGGAAAUGAGAUUCAACAAAGCUUCUUCGACUUUUUCGCAGAGCUUUUUCGCGAAAAUGACCGGCAAAAAUCACCAAAAGUCGAAAAUUCAAGCUAAAAUAAUCAAAGAAAAAGUAGCCGAAAAAAGAGGAAAUGUAAAAGAACAUUAUUUGGACGUAAAUUAUAUCCUGAUGGUCGUUUGGAUUGUGCUGCUGAAUAUGAAUGUACUCAACUGUAUUUUCACUUGGAAUUCGUAUGCAAGACUCGUCGCUGGCGACAAUUACAAACAGCACGUCGAUGAUUUCGGAGCGUAUGCCUGGACAGCUGCGUUUUUCGCGAUGCUUUGCGGCUUUGUCUCGGAUGGCUUUGCAAAGUGCAUCAAAAGUCGACCGCUGAAAUUUGGGAAGCUUCUCGGAGUUUGGAUUUUUAUCAUUUUGAAUCUCCUCGUUGGAAUCGUUUUUGGCUUCCUUCAAAUUAGUUUUGAUGAAAACAUGCUCUUGCCACUCAUUUUCGUCUACAACAUUUAUCGCUCGUGGGGCUACACUCUUACCCCCGUCUUCUGCCGAUUCCUCUUUCCGGAAGAAUUUUACGGAAUUUUGAUUGGAAUCCAACGAUUCUUCCUCGGCAUCACUAGAAAUGAUGGUUUUCAUAAAUUAUCGACAAAAGAAUCCAGCACAAUUUUCCAACGAAGAAGAUCCCGGCAAACUGCAUCUUGUACCAAUAUAACAGGGGUUGAUACAAAUAUCGAAAAAAUCCGCGCGAUCGAAAAUUUCGUCAGCUCUUUGCCCGAAAGCCCUGUGAAGCUCAAUUCUCCUCACACUCCGAAAAACCUGCGACAGAAAUUCGAGUUUGAGCAAAAGUCAUUUUUUGAAUAUUUUUUUGAAAAGUAUCAAAUCGAGGAUCACAUGACGGAUUCUUGGGCACUGAAAGCUCUUCGAAAAGCAAACAAGUAA